CCGAAAACGGCGUCGUAAUUAGAAAGAUCAGAUCCUUGGAGCGACCUAGAAGGAUUACAAGUGGUAAAGCGUUUCGUGGAACAAGCCGAAAACUUCUGUCGGAUCUGGAAGCUCUCUUUCUCGCUUCUCUGCGCUUAUUUCUUCUUCUCCGCCUGGUCCGUUAUUUCUUUUAAACGUCCGUUAUUGCUGAGUCACGGACGCUUCUCUUUGAUGGAGGUGCAGAGCCUAAUCAGCUUUGAUUUGGACCCUGGUCCUGUUGAUCAGUCUGUAUUGGUGUGGCAACAUGAGCAUAGAUCAGCUGCUAUUUGGGAAGAUGAGGUUCCUCCUCGUGAACUGACAUGCAGACACAAAUUAUUAGGAAUGCGAGAUUGGCCUCUGGAGCCUCUUGUGUGUCGGAAGUUGAUCGAGUUUGGUCUGUACGGAGUGUACAAGGUUGCGUUUAUACAGCUUGAUUAUGCUCUGAUAACAGCUCUAGUGGAGAGAUGGAGACCCGAGACGCAUACCUUCCAUCUCCCCGCUGGAGAGAUCACUGUGACUUUACAAGACGUGAAUAUACUCUUGGGUCUCCGAGUUGAUGGACCUGCGGUUACCGGUAGCACAAAAAACAACUGGGCUGAUCUAUGUGAGGACCUCUUGGGUCUCAGACCAGGCCCUGGAGAUCUACAUGGUUCUCAUGUGUCCUUAGCUUGGCUGCGUGAUAAUUUCCGGAAUCUACCUGCUGACCCUGACGAAGAGACGCUGAAGUGUCACACCAGGGCGUUUAUAUUAGCUUUGAUGAGUGGGUUUCUUUACGGGGAUAAGUCUAAACAUGACGUGGCGUUGACGUUUCUCCCUCUUCUAAGGGACUUUGAUGAAGUGGCUAAACUUAGCUGGGGUAGUGCAACGCUAGCACUUCUCUACAGAGAGCUGUGUCGGGCGAGCAAGAGGACUGUUUCCACCAUUUGUGGUCCUCUUGUUCUGCUUCAGUUAUGGGCUUGGGAACGGCUGCAUGUUGGCCGUCCGGGAAGACUUAAAGAUGUUGGGGCUUCGUAUAUGGAUGGCAUAGAUGGUGCUUUGCCAGAUCCAUUAGGCUGUAGGUGGAGAGCUUCUCUUAGUCAUAAAGAGAAUCCUCGUGGAGGACUGGAUUUUUAUAGAGACCAAUUUGACCAGCAGAAAGAUGAGCAGGUUAUAUGGCAGCCUUACACUCAAGAUCUUCUAGCAAAGCUUCCUCUUAUAUGUCUUAGCGGUCAGAACAUAUGGCGAACCGUGGCACCUUUAAUUUGUUUUGAUGUUGUUGAGUGGCACCGUCCUGAUCGGGUGCUUAGACAGUUUGGUCUUCACCAAACAGUUCCAGCACCCUGUGAUAACGAAAAGGCUCUUCAUUCUAUUGACAAAAGAGGCAAAUCAGUAUAUGAUUGGUCAGCACGUCAUAGCCGACACAUUGGAUUGUGGGAGGCACGUGAGUCAUCUGUUGCUUUCGGUGAGCCAGAGUGUAGACCAAUGGACUAUAACGAUCCUUAUAUGGAGUGGUACCGCAAAAUCACUAGAAGGAUCAUUAGUCCUAUGAACGAGAGACGCCCUGGGCAAUUUCUACCCACUGGUUUUGCUUUCCAAGUGCUUGUUCAGAGAGUUGCAGCCAUUCAUGCUCGAUCUAAGUCUUCGCUUGAAGAGGAACUUACUGUUGACACCGCGAGGCAAACGUUACAAGAUAUCGUUGAUAUGUGUGCAGGCGCCCUUCAACUCAACGCCCCUUUAGGCUCAUUAUCUACUGGCUCUGUUGCUCAAGCUCCAAGUUCAGGACCAUUUCUCAUGUCACCUCAACCUACACCUACAAUGAUGUCGCAAAAGCCAUUGUCUAGCGAUAUGGGUUGCUUGCCUUUGAAUGAAAUGGGAAUAGAUGAUGGUCUCUUAGCAGAACCUUCGGAAGGGAUGACACCUGUUCAGGAUACAGGAUGUGAGCAGUCUUUACCAUCAGUAUCCCAGAAGCCUCUUUUCUGGCCUACGGGAGGGAAGCUUACUUUCAGUUGGAUUUGUGAUGUAAUGCUGGGUUUUGAUUGGUCGUCGAGGAAUCUCCCAGCUUGUGAAUUCUCAAACGUUCUGCCUUUUAACGUCUUGGAUGAGCUGAUUCUCUCUGCCUCCAAGAUCCUGAGGAAAGAGCCGAACUGCGUUAGGAUAGACAGUGACAAAGCAAAGGUGGUUGUGGUGGGAGAUCUUCAUGGGCAGCUACAUGAUUUGCUGUUCCUUAUGCAGGAUGCUGGAUUCCCAAAUGGUGAUCAGUUCUAUGUGUUCAAUGGGAACUAUGUAGACAAUGGAGCAUGGGGUUUGGAAACCUUCUUACUUCUUUUAUCAUGGAAGGUGUUUCUACCGGAUAGAGUGUUUGUUCUGCGUGGCAGUCACGAGAGUGAGAGUUGUACGUCAUUGUAUGGAUUCAAAAACGAAGUAUUAACCAAGUAUGGAGAUAAAGGAGCAGUUGUCUACAAAAAGUGCUUGGAAUGCUUCCAGUUACUCCCUUUGGCAUCUGUGAUUGGUGGGAAGGUAUUUACAGCUCAUGGAGGUCUUUUCCGUGAUGUACCAAGCUUUCUCUCUGAUAAACAAGAACGAAGCAGAAAGCGCAAGCGAGCUCAGAAAAAUCAAGAGGAUAACAGUGUUCUUGAGACUGAGAGUAGACCUGACUCCUUGCUUCUUGGCUCGUUGAAGGAUUUAUUUAAAGUCAAAAGGCGUGUUAUCAAUCCUCCUGCUGAAGGUUCAAACCUGAUUCCUGGUGACAUUCUUUGGUCAGAUCCAUCAACCGAUAACGGCCUCUUUCUUAACAAAGAGAGUGGCAUUGGUUUGCUGUGGGGUCCUGAUUGCACUGCAAAGUUCCUGCAAGACAAUGAUCUUAAGUUGAUCAUCAGAGGCAAGGAAGCCCCUCACAAAAGGGCACAACGAGAUGGUCUUCCACCAAUGAAUGAAGGAUUUUCAAAAGACCAUGAAGGGCUUAUAACUUUGUUCAGUGCUCCUGAUCAUCCUCAGUUUCAGGAUACAGAGGAGAGACACAACAACAAAGGUGCCUACAUAAUCUUGCAAAUUCCCUACUGUGAGGAGCCUGAAAUUCAUGUGUUUGAAGCAGUAUCUCCGAGACCAAAGGCUGAGGCGUACUAUGACUAUAGAGGCCUGAUUCAUUCAACUGGAACUGUAGUACACAACAAUACUAAUUCUGUAGCUGUUGAUUCACCAUUCUCAGCGCCUGAUGACAAAGAUAGUUUAAUAUCAUCUGAGAAUGUGGAAGAUAAGUCCAUGGAUCUCUCUGAAGCGAUGGAAGUUGAUGAAAAAGAUGAUGAAGUUACAACUUUUGGAACUCUAGCAUCUGAUGAUAAAGAUAUGGUUGAUUCUUCAGAGCAGACUAAAGAUUUUUCCAAAGAAGAUGACCGUUCUGAGACUGCAGAGAUUAGUACAGAUUUAUUCGAUGCAGCCGGCAAACCGGAAUCUAGACCUCCUAACGUUAUUGAUAUGGAACCGCCACUAGCUUGUGAUCUUGAUUCUGGGAAGUCCAUAGAAUCCUGGACAGAGAAGGCAGCAGAUGAACUAAUGGCAGUCGAUGAAAUUGCUGGCGUGUCUGAAUCCACAACUGGAGAAGAAAAUGAUGUAGAAGCCUCCAACUCUACUAAGAUCUGGGAAGAGAAAGCAGAAAAAGAGAGAACUAGCGACUCUCUUGAGUUUUCAAAUAACGUAAGCGAAGAAGAGGCUCCAAGAGUAAAUGACUGCAGCACCACUGGUGAUGCAGCAGUGGAAUUAGGAAUCACAUAUGAUGAGAAACCAGAAAGUGCAGCAGCUGAAGUCACAGGGAACGAUAUAGCCACCGAACCCCUUGAAGAUAUGGUUGAUUUUAAUAUGGAAGACAUAGCCACCGAUGGUGCUAAUAAUGAUCCGGGGACUGUAAAUGGUGGGCUCAACACAGACUGUACCAGUUUAUCCAAAUGUAUAACCAGCAGACCAGAUGGGUCUGAGCCAGCGGUGGAUCAUGAUGACUUUAAGAAGCCUUCUCCUGACAAGGAUCAUGGAGAGCCUGAAGAUAAGCCAGAGAGAGUAAUCAAACUGGUUACCUAUUCUAAGCGCAAGUCAACUGACAAAAAACAACUUAUUGAUUCUAGUGAAGAUCCUCAGCGGAAGAUCAACGAGGCUGUUGAUUCUAAGACCAAAGUUGCUCUUGACAAGUCACACUCGGUUUUAAAAGAUAUGGACAACUGAAGUCUCGUUCAGCUGGUCUUCUUCCCAAUACAGAUGAUCAGCAGCUAAAUCUCUUCAGGAUGUUUUCUCAAAGACAAUGUACAGUGGCCAUAGUAGCCUAGCUUUUCAAGUCCAUCUUAACUGGAUCCGCUUUGCUAAUUUAAGUUUAGAUGUUAAGAGAGUUUGAUUAGUCGGUAGGAUGGUGAUGUGUGUAAACCUGAUAUCUUUUCUUGAAUUUAGUUUUCUCAGUUAAAAUGUAUUUUUCUUUUUAUAUUUAAGAAAUAAGUUGUGUUUUAUCA